AUGGAGAAAGUCACAGAAGCCCUGCAAAAAGCCGCCAUUGGUGGGGGGGACAAGAAGCCCAAGAAGGAGAAGAAAGGCGCUGCAGGGGCGGCUGCUGCUGCCGAUGCUGGACCUCUCGAACUGUCGCCGGCUCCGGCUUUCCUCCAGGACCGCAUUGAGCUGUUCGAUCGUCUGUACAAGGAGCAGCGGGAGGAGCUCGCCAAGAAGCCGCGCGAAGACAUCCUGAUUACCAUGCCCGAUGGCGCCGUUAAGCCCGGCAAAUCAUACGAGACCACCCCCGCCGAGAUCGCGAAGGGCAUUUCCAACAGCCUACUGAAGCGCACUGUGGUUGCGAGGGUUGAUGGGGAGCAGCUGUGGGAUAUUGAGCGCCCACUGGAGAAGAGCUGCAAGCUGGAACUUCUCGACUUCAACGACGAGCAGGGCAAAUUCGUGUUCUGGCAUUCCAGCGCCCAUAUUCUUGGCGAGGCCUGUGAACGCAGGUUUGGCUGUUCACUGUGCAUUGGUCCCCCGGUGGACAAUGGUUUCUACUACGAGAUGGCUCUCCCCGAGAGUGGUGUUGUGCACGCUGCGGAUUGGGCGCCUCUCGAAAGCCUUGUUGGUAAGAUCGUGAAGGAGAAGCAGCCUUUCCAGAGACUGGAAAUGAGCAAAGAGGACUUGCUCAAAAUGUUUGCAUACAACCCAUAUAAGGUGCACAUUAUCAACGACAAGAUCCCAGACGGUACAAGAACCACUGUUUACAGGAACGGCCCUUUGAUCGAUCUGUGCCGUGGACCCCAUGUGCCCGAUACCGGCAGAAUCGAGGCCUUCGCCAUCAUGAAAAACUCAUCGUCCUACUUCCUCGGUGACGCCAACAACGACUCUCUGCAGCGCAUUUACGGCGUGUCAUUCCCAGAUAAGAAGCAGAUGGCCGCCCACAAGAAGUUCCUCGAGGAGGCCGCCAAGCGUGACCACCGUUUGAUCGGAAAGCAACAGGAGCUCUUCUACUUCGAGGAGUGCUCCCCAGGCUCUGCUAUGUGGCUGCCACACGGCAUGCGGAUCAACAACGCGAUCAUGGACUACAUCCGUGAUGAGUACUGGAAGCGUGGCUACGAUGAGGUCAUGACGCCGAACAUGUUCAACGUAUCGCUCUGGGAGCAAUCUGGCCACUUAGCCCACUACAAGGAGGACAUGUUCCUCAUCGAUGUCGACAAGGAGCAAUUUGGUCUCAAGCCGAUGAACUGCCCCGCCCAUGCGAUGAUGUUCCGCCACAGGGAACGGAGUCACAAGGAACUGCCGCUCCGCCUUGCCGACUUUGGCGUUCUGCACCGGAAUGAAGCCAGUGGCGCUCUGAGCGGUCUCACAAGAGUGAGGAGAUUCCAGCAAGAUGACGCCCAUAUCUUCUGCCGUGAGGACCAGAUCAAGGAGGAAGUCGCCGCUCUGUUUGACUUCAUGAGCUCCUUCUAUGGCAUGCUGGGUCUGACAUUCAGGCUCAAGCUGUCUACCCGGCCGGAUAAGUACAUGGGUGAGAUUGAGACCUGGGACAGUGCCGAAAGCCGUCUCAAGGAGGCUCUGGACGAGUUCGCCGCUGCAAACUCCGGCGUUCACUGGGAGCUCAAUGCAGGCGAUGGCGCUUUUUACGGACCCAAGGUUGACAUCGCUGUGCUGGACUGCCUUAACAGGCAAUGGCAAUGCGCCACCAUUCAGCUCGACUUCCAACAACCCAUCAACUUCUCACUCGAAUACCAGACCGCGGAGGGUGGACCGAAGGAGAAGACGGAGGCCGCUCCGGCCGCGUCAGCCCCUGCACCCGCACCCACACCUGCGCCCGAGGCUGCGGCAGAUGAGAAGAAGGACGGCAAAGAGAAGAAGAAGCCGCUUCUCAUCAAGAAGCCCCUAGCACCCGGCUCGGCACGUCCUGUCAUGAUUCACCGCGCAAUGGCUGGUAGUAUCGAGCGCUUUACUGCCAUUUUGGCUGAGCACUUUGCCGGCAAGUGGCCGUUCUGGAUGUCGCCGCGCCAAAUUAUCAUCAUCCCCGUCGGCAUGGGCUUCCUGGCUUACGCCAAGGAGGUGGCUGCUCUUCUGAAGAAGGAGCGCUUCUAUGCUGAUGUUGAUAGUAGCGGCAAUACUCUCCAGAAGAAGAUCCGCAACGGCCAGUUGGCACAAUACAACUUCUGUUUCGUGGUCGGUGACGACGAAAUGCGCAACCGCAAGGUCAACAUUCGCUACCGCGACGACACAUCCACACAGGCCCGCGACGUGCCCUUCGACCUCGAGGAGGCAAUCGUGAAGCUGCGCGCCCUCAAGGCUGACCGCGGCAUGUACAACCCAUUCCCCCCCAAGAAGGAGGAGAAGGGAGAGAAGGCUUAG